CGCUUAAGACAGCGGUAUAUUUCUAGAAUACUCCAAAAAAGCGCCCCUGGGUACCUACGUUUAAGAAGAAAACUUCGACUCCUUCUCAAAUACCCGAUGGGCGACCAAAUGACCGUUACUGCGCUUGCAGACAUCAUCCGGACGCAGGCCGAGAUCUUGGAGACCACGCUGCCCCGGAACGCUUACACGGAUUACCAUGGCGAUAAAAGCCUCAGCAUCGCGCGGUCGAAGCUCCUCGAGGCGUGCGAUAAGCUGAACCAUUUGGUUACGGGGCCGAUAGAAGACGUAAUGGGCAUCGCCCAAGGCCACCGGGUACACGCCGCGUUACAAUACGCGUGCCACUUCCAGCUCGCGUCCUACAUACCCGCAGACGGGACCCCCAUCACCUACUCAGACUUAGCCCGCGCCGCCGGCGUCGACACCUCGCAGUGCACGCGCGUGCUGCAGCUGCUGAUGACGUACCACAUCUUCCGGGAGCCGGGGACCCGCAUCGUCGCGCACAACCGCAACUCCCGCGUCCUGCUCGACGAGGACACGGGCGCCGCCGUCGAGUGGCUUACCCAGGAGUCGCUGCGGUCGAGCGCGUUUUUCACCGAGGCGAGGGCGAUGAGUCGGCGGUGGUCGACGGGUGGUGGGGUAGCAGUAGCAGUAGCGGGAGGGGGCAAAGCAGCACGUCCCGCCGCAGCACUAGAGCCCUCCGUGAACGGCAACGCCGCCGCGCGCGUCAACCUAAACCAGACCGCAACAACGGCAGCGCUAACCCUCGCGCCCUACGCCGGCCUCGAGCAGCCUCCCUUCGGGUUUGCGGCGCAGCGGCGCUCGAUGAGCGAGACCUCGAUGAAGGCGGACCGGUACGCGCGCGCGAUGGUGGGGAUGGCGAAGCGGCGGCAGCUGAGCAUCGAGCACCUCGUCUCCGGGUUCGACUGGGCCUCGCUGCCGGACGGGGCGACGGUGGUUGAUGUGGGCGGGGGCAACGGGCACUGCUCGAAGGCGAUUGUGGCGUGUAACCCAAGCCUGAACUUUGUGGUGCAGGAUGUUAAUGCGGAGUUGGCUUCUGAGUUUGAUGAUGAUGGGGAUGAUGAUACUGCGGUGUUGGAAGAGGGGGGUGGUGGCAGUGGUAGGGGUAGAGAUAGAGGUAGAGGGAAAGGGAAGAUGCAGUUCAUGGAGUACGACUAUUUCACGCCGCAGACCGCGGUGGGAGAUGUGUAUCUGCUGCGGCGCGUGCUGCACCACCAGGAUGCUGUUCGUAUCCUGCAAGCCCAGGUGUGCGCGUUGAAGAAGAACCCCAAGGCGAGGAUCGUGGUUAUGGAUAAUAUUGCGAUGCAUAGCGGCACGCUGAGUACGCUUGAGGAACGCAAGACUCGGACCUUGGAUAUCGCGAUGAUGGCGCUGUUCAAUAGUGUCGAACGCGACCUACAGGAUUGGAAAGACUUGUUCCACCAAGCAGAUCCCAUGCUGAAGCUCGUCAAACUCACGAAACCGCUCGGCAGUGCUUUAGCUAUCAUGGAACUUUGGUUGGAACAGACGUGAUUAUCAGUUUUGUAUUUCUGGUUAUUCGUUUCCUUAUGAGCGGUAUGGAGGCACCUUUGGAGUAACUGGCUUGUCCAGUCCUUGAAAUUCGGGACUGGGGAUCAAAAGGGGGUUAUAUCAAAUAGGUAUGGGUUGGGUGUGGCGUAUUUGAAAUUCCCGCAAAGACUCAGAUUGGUCCUCGGACACCAUUAAUGAUUAUUGUAAUGAAACCUACGAAAUAGUUAUAACAUUGCGUAAGCAAACUUGUGAUGCCAGUCCUGAGUUUUAGUUUAGGUAUCUAGGUAGAGGUAAAG